AUGGUCGACGACGCAGAAAUGGAGACCGAUCAUAGAGUACAACGUGAAUUAGUCCGCAGAGGGCUCCGAAAGACUGAUUCUACUUCGAUUACAUGGGACACCAAUCACAAAGACUUCCCACGCAAUUGGACACUUUGGCGCAAAAAUUACGACGGGUUGCUCAUUUUCUUCCUGGAAUUUUACACUACAGUCAUCAGCACGACUGGUCCAUCAGCUGCCGAAUAUGUUAUGAAAGAAUACAGCUUGAGCAGGGUGAUCACUCUGACAGGUUUUCAAUUCAUGUAUGGCAUAGGACAGGCUCUUGGAGGGUUGGCAAUGCCCCCAUUCUCCGAAACGCUCGGUCGACGGAAGUCCUACUUAUUGUCGGCAGCUAUAUACAGCAUCUCAUCCUUGCUAGUCGGGGUCGUGCCUUCAUCUGCGGGUGUCUUUAUCGGCCGCUUUUUCUCCGGGUUUGCGUCUUCUGUACCGUCUAUCGUGCUCGCUGGUAGUAUUGAGGACCUAUAUUCAAAUCGGAGCAGGACUUGGCUACUCUGGCUGUGGAACUGUAGCACCACGUUUGGCAUGUGUCUGGGUCCGAUAUAUGGGUCCUACAUUGCAUCUAGCGUCAGCUGGCGGUGGAUUUUUUACACAUCAGCUAUCACUUCCGCUGUCUUGUUUAUCCUCCUUUUCACUAUUAAAGAGAGCCGACCCACCACUCUCCUUUCGAACCGAUUUAAUAACCUACAAUUAGAGGUCGGGAGUCUUGACAUGGAUCUCCGCAUUCCAGAUCGGGUUACUCGCCCGCGAGAACUCUUGGAUGUUAUACUCUUGCGACCUGCCCGGUUAGGUGUGACGGAACCCAUAAUCGUCCUUGUCUCGUUGAUGAGUGCCACGGUAUGGGGCAUGGUUUAUCUCUUCACGGAGAGCUUCUCAGUCGUUUAUAGCCAGUGUGGCUUCAGCGAAAGGUCCACUUCACUACUCUUCAUUGCUCUGUUACCUGGUGCUUUACUUGGCGGCAUCGUUCGGUUAUGGGAUCAUCGUCAAAUGAACAAUCGACGGAAAAACGGCGUUCCUCCCAAGCCUGAAGACAAGAUCAACGGUUUUGCUAUCGCAGCUCCAGCGCUCGCUGUUGGACUCUGGGCUUUUGGUUGGACUGUCCCGCCACUGGUUCACACGCACUGGGGUGUCUCUAUAGUUGGACUUGUCCUGAUUGGUUUUGCUGUAAAUGAGUUUGCGUACACUCUGAGCGGUUACAUUGCAGACUCGUAUACGCUUUAUGCAUCUUCAGGCCUGGCUGCAGUGGCUUUCCUGCGAGGAACGCUAUCAGGUUGCAUGCCUUUAUUUGCGUACCAGAUGUACUCCGGGCUUGGUUCAAAUGUUGCGACUAGCAUCAUAGCAGCGAUUGCAACAUUGUUCUGCGUGACCCCGUAUAUAUUCUUCAAGCAUGGACUAUGGCUUAGAGAGAGAAGCCGGUUUGCAAGGUUCAGUGCGGAAGUGAAUGAGCAGCAGAAUGUCGACUGA